AUGCCUCGUUGCUACAUCGUCAAGAAGCAAAUAGCAGCCGCCCCGCCAGCGUCCGUUUCCGGCGGUGGGGUUAUUCCCUAUGGACGGCUCACUACUAAUGGCCUUCCCGUCGCCAUCCACGCCAACGGCAACCAUCAUCAUCAUCAACCCGGAGGUUGUUCCAGCAGCCAGAUUACGAUUAUCGGAGGAGGGGGUGGUGGUGCUGGGAUCGGAACCAGUAGUGGUGCAGCGGAAGUGGGUAAUGUGAUUGUGAAGCACACCAGCAGUGGCAACAGUAUCAGCAGCAAUAGCACCGCUGUGGUCCCGGGGGGAGUGAUCUGUAGUCCCACCCCGGCAGGACCCGGCACCGGAAAUGUGAUUAUACUGAACAGCGUUAGUGUGAUCAGCAGUAGCAGCAGUGGAAGCAGUGGCGGAAGCUCGGGGACACUGGGAAGUGUGAUUAGUGCUGGUCCUGCCAUCACCGGUGCAAGCAUUUUGGGAGGAGGAGGGACAGCCGGGAGUACGGCCACCGGUGGAGUGAUACAUCGAAUAGUGGAUGAUACUGCGGGGCCAACGGGACCGACCAGCCCGACCGAGGCCUGUGUGGCGCCGAUCUAUUACACCAAUUUAACGGCCGAGAAUCAGAAUGAAUAG